CUUCACACGAACAGUUUUCAAAAUAUUCAGGGAGUUCAGUCCGGCAAAUUUUACUUGAGAUAUUUAAGAUACUGAACGCAACCAUGGUACAAAGAAGACUCACCAUGUUGAAGUUAUUAACUAUGAUGUCAAUCCUUCAUGUUGGAACUUGUCAAAAUAAUUUUCGUACCCUCCCUUGGUGGCAAUUUUUGACCCCACGACCAACAUUUCGAUCGACUACUACAGAAGGUGUAGUCGAAACGAGGCCAAUUCGACCCACCACCACAACAACCCAGGCGUCCCUCGUCGAUGCGUUCGUUUUUGAAAAGCCAGGUUGUUUUGCCCAACCUGAAUGCAUUCAUCAUUUUACACAUAGAUAUCAAUUUCUGGAAGGUGUUUGCAAUAAUCCGAUUGAUAAAAAACAGAGGACGGGCUGGAAGAGGGUUUAAAAGAUUACUACCGCCAUCUUAUGGUGACAAAAAAGGAACUCCGCGAUUGGAUAAAAAUGGACAAGAGCUUCACUCUGCGAGAAAGAUCAGCCUGAAUCUGAAUUUUGCAGAACAACGGAAAUCUUUAAACGUGUCUCAUUUCAUGCCAUGGUGGGGUCAAUUUAUCACACAUGACACACAGCGAACACCAAAAACAAGAAAAGCGAAUGGAGCUACAUAUGAUUGUGAAUGCUUGACAGAAGAUAAAAGAGGAUGUGUCAAUAUACCUGUUGAAAGUGAUGACGUACGUUUUACAAAGAAUGCUGACACUUGUCUUAAACUUGACCGAUCAGCAGUUGUACCCGACCCAGAGUGUGAUAGCAGUAUACGAGAACAAGAGAACGGAGUGUCAUCAUAUCUCGAUGCUUCAAAUGUUUACGGCGAUAAACAAUCAGACCUGGAUCAAUUGCUGAAUCAGCAUUCCAAAAUUGGAAAAUUGCUCGUUGGAAAUUACAUUGGUGAAGGUGGUGAGGCUGGAUUACCAUUUCAGAGUCAAGUUCACAGAGAUUUUGCUGCAAGAAUGAGAUGUGAAGUUGUUGUACAUAAACCUAAUGAUAAACCGUGUAUGCUUGCAGGAGAUACUCGUGCCAAUGAAAACACGGGUUUGUCGGCUCAUCAUGUUGUAUUUCUGAGAUUACACAACAAGAUAAUUGAAGAAUUGAGUGAAAUUAAUCCACAUUGGGAUAAAAAUACUCUCAUUCAGGAAACAAAAGCAAUACUAGCAUCAGUUCUACAACUCAUAACCUUCAAGGAGUUUUUACCAGUUGUUAUUGGUGAAAAACACAUGGAUCGAUUCAACUUGAAUAUUUUAGAAAAGGGAUAUUGGCACGGUUACGACGCUUCUGUUGAUGCCACAAUGAGCACGGCGUUUUCGGCCGCCGCAUUUAGAUUUGGUCACACCGCCAUAACCAAAGAAAUGAGCAGGCCAGCACCAGACUGGAGAACACCAGAGGCAUCUCCUCUACCAGUGAAAGAUAUUUUUUUCAACAAUGAACCUCUUCUGGAGGAAUUUCAUGGCGGCGUCAACUCGGUUUUACGUGGAAUGGCAAAAGAUGCUUCGCAACUAACUGGAACCAAAAUGAUCAGUGCAAUGAGAGAAUUCCUAUUUGCAAUGCCUGGUGAGCCAGGUCAUGAUCUGUUUGCAACCAACAUACAGCGAGGUAGAGAUCACGGUGUUCCAGGUUACAAUCAUUUCCGUGAAUUAUGUGGAUUGAAAAAAGCGAGCAGUUUUGACGAACUCGUGGAAAUUCCGUUUGAAUCAAGAAGUCGACUUUCUAAAUUAUACAAGCAUGUAGACGAUAUUGACUUGUACGUUGGUGGAUUAGCAGAAACAUUAUAUCCCGGUGCAUCUGUUGGCCCAACUUAUGCCUGUAUAUUAGGAUAUCAGUUCAGAGAUAUGAGAAGUGGCGAUAAAUUCUGGUUUGAAAACGGAGGAUUGUUCGCUUCAUUCACACCGAAGCAACUGGAUGCGAUUAGGAAAUAUUCUCUGGCUAAGCUCAUGUGCGAUACAAUGGCUGAUUUGAGAAAUAUUCAACCCAGACCAAUGUUAUUAUCAUCAGCGCCGGGAAAUCAACGAAAAUAUUGUCAGGAAUAUCAGAAAUUGGACUUAAAAGCCUGGAAGGAGUCGCCCUCCGGAGAGUCUGAGAGUGAAAGUAGUACAGAACAUGACACUGAUUGGUCACCAUGGAUACCGUGUGAAAUGGAAGGCGUCGAAAUAUCAGUUUCGACCGCAUUCAACGACGCUUUGAAAUUUCGACCAGAUGAAGUUUGCCGCGACGUUAUAUCUACUGAAACACGGAAGAUAAAUGGAAUAACGCAAGUUCGAUUUGAGUGUGCUCGUGGAUCGAUCAAAAAGACGGAUUAUCCUUUUAUUGACUCAGGCUAUGAGGUUUAUUGGACUCCAUGGAGAGACGAAUCUAAUCCAGAUAGACAAAGCGGAGAUGAUAUCGAAGCAGAACCCGAUAAAGAAGAAUGUAAAAGACCACUCGCAAUCCAGGCUCAAACAACGAAAGAGGUCCCGGCAGGAGAAACUGGAGAUGUUUUCGAAUCAUUUGGAACAACUCAUGGACUGGUGUGUCGUGGUGAUCAUCAAACAUCCAAGAUUUGCAAUGAUUAUCGAGUUCGAUAUUUAUGUCGACGAGCAAGUAUAAAAAAGAAAGCUUUCACCUUGAAAUCUCCUUCUACGUCGUCAUCUUCAUCGUCAAGUACAAAACGUAGAAAUACAAAUAAGAAUCCCAAUGACUUAGUGUGGACACCUUGGACGAAUAUUGACACUCCAACAAUAGAAGGCGACAAAGAAUUAUUAAUCAACGUACAGUCGAGAGAAGGAUUUUGCAGAAACCCUCUGUACAUGGAAGCACGAACGGUUGCCACCAAGAUAGCAGCAAAAAGGACAGGAGAUAUUUUAGACCAGUUUUCAAACAAAGUUGGUUUAAUAUGUAUUAACAAUAAACAACCUCUGAAAAGCUGUAACGAUUAUGAAGUGCGAUACUUGUGCAGAAGCGGAGACGUCAACAGUGGACCCUCUGUACCACCAUCAAUUGACGCACAAACGAAACAGUUUUGCAAAAUUUAUGGAGUUUGUUGUUAAGAAGAAUUAUACUUUCUUUUAAUUUGUCCUGAUCUGUAUAUUUACAAUCAUUUUUAUUUAUUUUCCAUGUUAUGUUUGUUUGCAAUAUAAGCUGCCAAACAGUG